AUGCACAUCAGGUGUAGGCUGCUUUGGGAACUGGGCCUUCCACUCACACGAAGCCAACGAAGAUGUGCAGUCUGAUUCAGGAGACUCGAGAGACGAGGAGGCUGCCGAACUCUCAGACGACGAGGGAUUCUGGAAUAUGUCCCGCCGUGCAGACGCCCAGCAGCUGGAGACUGCUCAGACAGAGCCAACCCAGACCUUUACAGACCGCGCGCGAGGCGUGCUGGGUGAUAUCACAACCUCGGCGAUAAACCACCUAUCCAACUUCUCGGCCACCCAGCCGAGAGAGCUCAUUUUCGACGACGAGAAUGUCGUCGUAAUCUUUGAUGGCGACGAAGAAAGGGAGCAGGAAGUCGCUCCCCAGUUCGACUUUGCCGUCCCCAUCGGCCCGCGGGUACAGGAGUCGUACCGCUUCGAAGUCGAGCACCCAACGGCCGCCCCGGCCAUCAGAUAUCUCCACGGCAUCCCGACCGCCCGUCACCUGGCAGUCGUGGGCCGUGGGCUCCAUCACCAUUCUGCGGUUGGUUUAACUACCUUGACGGGUGCGUACGGCCGCGUGGCGGAGACCUACACCACAGCUGCCGAGAACAUCCAGCCGGCCCUCCGCAUCGGCUGGGAUGUGGCGGCCGAUGUUGUGGAAGAGGCCCGAGGGCUUCGGGAUGCCGCGCAGGAGCAGUGGCGGGAGUGGUAUCCGUGGCUGGACCGCAUGUUCGAGGCGACUGCGACGGGCCCAGGACGUCCACGGCGUGGUAG